AUGACUUCAGCAUCCUUAAAAGGAUCUCUAGAAAUUGACCCAAAUCGCGUUGGUCGCCCGAGAUUUGACCCAUACCAAAGACUUCUCGGUCGAUUUUACGAGCAAUUGUUUCUCUUGCAUGCACUUGGACAGACACGCGGCAGCCACACCCCUCUGUCGUUUGACGUCGAUGUCAGGCAGGCUAAAAGUCGGCGAUUUUUGCAAAACCUCUGUUAUAUCUGUGAUUUCAGAAAGGGAGGCAGCACAUGCACUGCAAUCGGCCUCGAAGAGCUUGAUACCUGUUAUAACUUCUGUGUUGCUUCGAACAGAGAGACAGACAAAAUCGUCGCGUUUCUCCACACCGCCUUAGAUACUUUGCGGGCCAUCACCCACCCGGUCGGCACACGGAAUGUCUACAGCGAGUCGCAAUUCGCAACAAGAUGCAUCAAAUUUGCUUCUGAACGUGUCGACGAAGAAAAGAGAUGCCUUCGCAGAUACGCCAAAGAUUGUCUUUCCAAGCUGAGCGGACACAUUGCAGCAUCCGAUUUGGUUGCCUGGCUUAACACGGCCAUGAAUUUUGAUGAUAACUUCGCGCUCUGCAAUUUCGCGCAUGACAAUCGCCAUUCAUCACUAGUGAAGGAGCUGGAGAGACGGGGUGUGGAGGAAGAGAAAGGGUUGAAUCCUACGAGCAAAAGGUCAUGUUUUAUCAUGAUGCGACAUUAUAUCGGGAGACUUGCACAUCACAUACGGGCUUCAAGUGAGCUGAUUCAGGACACUGAGGAACUGAGACACCUUCUUGACAAUCAUGCUGUUUGUCCUAUAUACGCCCCACCUGCCGUACCAACGCCUAUGUGUGACUCCCACGUCAACCUUCGCGGGAUCUUGAAUCGAAUGUUCAAGAAGGAUAGCGAAGACAAGGAUUCUCUGAAGGAGGGCCUUCUGCACCUGCACAAGGUAGCAGGUAUAUUUGACACCUUUAUCCGUCAGUACAAUGGCUCCACGCUUGAAGUGCAUGCAGAGCUUCAGGUCUUGGAUAAGCCGGCCUGUUUCUGCUGUGAACUGUACUUCGAAUAUCAUCCAGCCCGCGUGAUGGUAUCUUCCUCACACCGAAAGAUUUGGACAAAGUGGAGUCCACCAAAUGUUGAACAAUUGGACCGGAAAUGCCCCACAGCCAUGCAACAGAGGAAUAUCGUGAAUAAAAUGACGGAAACCAUUCGCGAGCAAGUGUUCAGUCAUGUCAUUCAAUGCGUGCCAUCGAAACGAUGGCAUCCGGAUUCGAUAACGAACAUCACGGAUACCCGAGGGCCUAGCUUCGGUUCCUAUUCACUCGAGGUAUCAGAUGAGACUCCUGGGACUCUACCGAGUAUAGUUUUAGGAUUUCAGCACAACAGACGCGCCAUUUUCACCAACACAGAAGUUAGCGGGAACAUUGACACCGCACCGGACUUUGAUGGUAUUUCUGACCCGGAAAACGGAGGUGUUUCUCUCUCUGGCUACACUUAG